UUUUUUUUUUUAGCGUGCGGAAGCGGUCGGACUGCAGAGGAGGCUUCGGGACUGUUUCCGCACGCUUGAGGGAGAGCAAGGCCCAGUGACCCACAUUCAGAGCAGCCAGUGUCUAUGUGUACGAGUGGGCGAGCGUGUGCGCGUAUCCCUGUCCGUGUGUGUGUGUGUGUGUAUAUAUGUAUGUGUGUGUACAUACAUCUGCCGCGAAAAUGUUUCCACCAUCGCUGGGUUCAGACGUUUCUCCGCCGCCGAUAUUUACGUUUUUGUCGGUUUUUGCGAGGAUCUUGCCCCGCUCGGAUGUUUAGGGCUCAGUUUUCUCGCGGUGUUUGCGGACCGACGGUUAGGUCUGGCUUACGUGUGUUACCAGUGCCUGGAAUAAUAGAAUCUAAAACAGCUUCUUUUGCCUGCAAGGAGACAUUCCAGAAAGUUUGUUUGACUACCAUGUCUUUCCUGUGGUCUGGUGCCCCCUCAUGACCCCAAUGACCUCAACACCAGUUUUGACCGUAGAGUCGGCUUUGACCCCAAACCCUUUCUACGACCCCUGAGAAAAUACAUUAACUGACCACGUGCAUAAGCUGCAGUGGGGUGGUCUUCCAAAUGCCUACCUCACGCCUAAAGAGCAAUUCACUCCAGCCACAGCCCUGAUCAGCAGCCACCAUGACAUCAAGCAUAGGGGAUGAUUGUAGCAUCUUUGAUGGGUUGAUGGAAGAAGAUGAAAAGGACAAAGCGAAACGCGUGUCCCGUAACAAGUCCGAGAAGAAACGGAGAGACCAGUUCAAUGUCCUCAUCAAGGAACUUGGCACGAUGUUGCCGGGCAACACCAGGAAGAUGGACAAGUCCACCAUCCUGCAGAAAAGCAUAGACUUCCUGUGUAAACACAAAGAGAUCGCAGCUCAGUCAGAGUCGAGUGAGAUCAGGCAGGACUGGAAGCCUCCAUUUCUUAGCAAUGAAGAGUUCACCCAGCUCAUGCUGGAGGCCCUUGAUGGGUUCUUUAUAGCAAUAAUGACUGAUGGGAACGUCCUCUAUGUCUCUGAGAGUGUCACCUCACUACUAGAACACCUACCGGCGGACCUGGUGGACCAGAACCUGUUAAACUUCCUGCCAGUUGGGGAACACUCCGAUGUGUACAAGGCUCUGUCCACGCACCCCACCGACCCUGAGAGCCUUGGCUCAGAUUACCUGAAGACUAAGAACCACAUGGAGUUCUGCUGCCAUAUGCUACGAGGGGCCAUUGACCCCAAAGAACCCCCCGUCUACGAAUAUGUUAAGUUCAUUGGCAACUUCAAGUCCCUCAACAAUGUUCCCAAUGUUGCGAGGAAUGGUCUGGCAGGAGUUUUACAGCGGUCGUUACAACCUGCGUUUGAUGACCAAGUGUGCUUUGUAGCCACAGUGCGACUGGCCAAACCUCAGUUUAUCAAGGAGAUGUGUACAGUUGAGGAGCCCAAUGAGGAAUUCACCUCCAGGCAUAGUUUAGAAUGGAAGUUCCUAUUCUUAGACCACAGAGCUCCACCAAUCAUAGGCUACCUGCCUUUUGAAGUUCUGGGAACAUCAGGGUACGACUAUUACCAUGUGGACGACCUGGAGACACUAGCCAAGUGUCACGAACACUUGAUGCAGUAUGGUAAAGGGAAGUCUUGCUACUACCGUUUCUUGACUAAAGGUCAACAAUGGAUCUGGCUGCAGACGCAUUACUACAUCACCUAUCACCAGUGGAACUCUAGACCUGAGUUUAUAGUCUGCACACACACAGUAGUCAGCUAUGCAGAGGUGAGGGCAGAACAACGCAGAGAGCUGGGUAUUGAAGAGUCUAACCCAGAGGUCACCGUGGAUAAGAGUCAGGACUCUGGCUCGGAGUCACAGCUGAACACAUCCAGCCUCAAGGAGGCUCUGGAGCGAUUUGACCACAGCCGAACACCCUCAACCUCCUCACGGAGUUCCCGGAAAUCCUCAUCACAUGUCUCCGACAACACUUGCACUUCAACAGCCUCCAAGCUACACAUGGACACGGCCACGCCUCCUCGGCAGUCACUAGCCUCCACCAUGGAGAUGACAUCACAGCGUCGCUCAUCCAUCAGCAGCCAGUCUAUGAGCUCUCAGACCACAGGCCAGAGUGUGACUCCAGGCAUGAUUACUCAGCAACAACAGCAGCAGCAACAACCACAGCAGCUACAGACAAACGUACAGCCGGUGAUGGAGUUCUCGGCGCAGGUGAACGCCAUGCAGCACCUGAAGGAGCAGCUGGAGCAGAGGACCAGAUUGAUCCAGGCCAACAUCCAGAGACAGCAGGAGGAACUCAGACACAUCCAAGAGCAGCUGCAGAGAGUCCAGGGACAGGGCAUACAAAUGUUGCUGCAGCAGCAGGGUGGAGCAAUGAACGUACAGCUCCCUCAGGUGGGGUCGGUCCAACAGACGACUACUUUGACUGGACAGGUCCAGCAAACUACAAUUAACCCCGUCCAUUCAGGAACUCAGCAGCUCACCAUCCAGCAGCAGGCACCUCCCCCUCAGCAAAGCCUGCAGCAGCAGACCAACGCCCUAACACAGCCCCAACGUCAGCCCCAGCAACCUGCCCAGGCUCAGCCCCAGACCCAGGGCUCUGUAUCUGCUCCACUGUACAACACCAUGAUGAUUUCCCAGCCAGGGCAGCCCAACGUGCUGCAGAUCAGCACCAGCCUGCCGCAGAACAACACACCGCAAGGCACAACCGUGGCCACCUUCACGCAGGACCGACAGAUCCGGUUCCCAGCAGGGCAGCAGCUGGUGACCAAGCUGGUGACAGCCCCAAUGGCAUGUGGUGCGGUCAUGGUGCCCACCUCCAUGUUCAUGGGACAGGUGGUCACCGCAUACAACCCCUUUGGUGGGCAACAGCAGGGAGGUCAGACUCAGACCCUGACUCUGCAACCAGCCCAACCACCUCAAGGUCAGCCUGACGGCCAAAACCAGACAGCUGUGGUGGCUCAGAGCGGCCAGCAGGGGCAGCAGCAACAACAGCAAUUUCUGCAGGGCCCUCGUCUUCUUCACGGUAACCAGUCUACCCAGCUGAUUCUGCAGGCAGCUUUCCCACUCCAACAACAGGGCACAUUCACCCAGGCAACACACCAACAGCAAACACAGCAACAACAGCAACAGCAACAGCAGCAGCAGCAGCAACAGCAACAACAGCAAAGGCAACAGCAGCAGCAACAGCAACAACAACAACAACAACAACAACAACAACAACAACAACAGCAGCAGCAGCAGCAGCAGCAACAACAAUCUCACCACCAGAGGCACCAGCAGCAGCUGAAACCGCAGCCCCAGAAACAGCAGAAAGCCCCAUCAUCGCACAGGACUGAUAGUGUCAGCAGCCAACCACAGUAAAAAUCUGGAAGGAGAAUGUGUGAAGUAAGAAAAACCUGGGGAACUGAAACUCUUAAGGGAUUGCUGCAAAACAUUUGUAUUCGUCGUAUGGCUGCCUCAAACUUCCUUUUCCCCAAAAAUCGCUGCCCUCCCUUCUUCCAAAUGAAAGAAAUGAAUCAUAGGAAAGAGGAAAGCUAGUGAGUCAAAAAGGAACUCACUGAGGAUUGUCACCAUGGCAACAGGAUGGAUUAAAGUCCCCUUUUCCCUCACCAGAGGCGGAGAUGUGAGGGAGCUCCGGUCUCCGUGGAAAACCCUCCAAAAUCCAGAGAACACCUUAUUGCCACGGUAAUGACGGACUCUUUUUGAAGGUGUGUCAAAGUGGACUGACCUUGUACAGAUUUACUGUAUGAUAAAAAGAAAAAACUUGUAAAUAUCCAGUAUAGCCUAACAGGAAACAGAAAUGUAGUAUUUUAUAUGAUUGCAUGGAAAGAAUAACUGUGUAAGCUUUUAUUAGUCGCUUUUGAAAAAUGAAUUUUUACUUUGUUCAAGUGUUUUCUGGUCAAAAACUGAGCAAUGAGGUGCUCAUCAAGGACCCCCCCCCUCCCCCUCCCCCCACCUCUCUAAAAAAAACAAAAAAAAACAAAAAAAAAGGAAAAAAAAAAACAAAGUCCAAAAUAAGGCUUUAAAAUUCCGUUUGUUUAAAAAUGGUUGGGCUUGGGUUUUUUGUGGGAUUGUGUUUUUAAACACUGUGUCUCUGAGACAAAAAUGGCUCUUUUUAACUUUGUAAUCACAAAUUAUGUUUGGCAAGAAACUAGAUUACAGUUUAACUGAAUUAUUUGCAGGAUGAUCUCUGUACGUAUAACGGGUUUAGUGAUUCCAAGUGCCAAUAACAUAGUCAAUUAUGUUUUCGUUUUUUUGUUUUUUUUUCGAGCAGACUAUUCAAAGGCGUAUAUAUUUUCCAUCAAAAUAUUACCCCUAAUAAAGUUAAUACGUGUGUAUAUAGUGGGGAUUAUUUUUUAACAGUCAGAGAGCCCUAUACGUAACAAACAGUAUAUCCUCAACCUCCUGAAACUUUAGCACUUGAUGUGGUUGUGUACAGUAAAUCACUGUCGAGACCUAGUUGUUUGUAAUCUGUGGUGUGAUUCUGUGAGCUAAUGUGUGUUUUUGGGAAUACAAUCUUUGUGUGUGUGUGUGCAUGAGUGGGCAUGAGUGUGUCUGUGGUUGUGUGUGUGUGUGUAUGUGUGUGUUUGUCGCCCCUUGUGUCUUACAAUAAUUGACUUAGUAAGGGUUUGAAGUUGCUGGAUGGUACUCGUACUCUCAGGAAUGUGGAAAGUUUUGCUUCUGCCUCAGUCUGGAACCAGACCAGGAAGGAUUAGACAGUGAUGCUGCAAAGACCAGAGGAAAAAGUGUCACAAAGGGUGUGGUGACUGAAUCAAGUCUGACCCAGAUUUCUUAGAACCUUUGUGUUUCCUUAUCAAAGAGGAGUGAAAAUAUUAAGGUUUUUUUAUAUAUAUAGAGGGGGGGAAGGAUGGGGGGUCAUUGAGAUAAAGUAGAGCAGAAAUAUUAAUAUACACUCAGUUUGAAAUUGACUGACUUCAUUGUACCAGCGAACCCGUCUCAUGGUCUUCUGUAUCAUCAGUGUAUCAUCCUUCUCUCUCUUCCUAGGCCUCAGAAACCCUCAAUGCAGUUCAGUUCUCUUGUCUCUCAGUUCUCAAACAGCAGUUAAAAAAACAGGACUGGGCCCAGAUCCAUUAUAAAUUCAGAUGGAAAUGGGCUCAGCUCCUGUACUACACUUGUAAGCCAUAUCAAACAGAAAAGCCUUGGAUUGGAGGAAGUAUAAUGGUUGGCAAAGGAGCAUUUAGAAUGUGUUGUUUUGUCUCAGAGCGUAGUAGAAAGACUGUGUGUGGGUGUGUGUGUUUGUGAAUAUAGCGUCUCCUCUUCUUGAUCCUUCUUCUUGUAUCACUCGGGGGUCAGUAUUGGUUUCCCCUGGCGAUAGCCAAUCAGUUCUUGCGUUGCAGUAUAAAGAAAUAAUUGUAAUAUUCAAGAAACUUCCUCUGAGUUGGGCUCAGUAUUCUGCAAGCCCAUGUGUGGGACAGCUCAACUUGAAUACCUGUUUGUGUGAGAGAAAGAGUUUGUAUGCAUGUUAACUGUCACUGUAACCCCAUUAUAUUUUCAUAUGAAAAUAGAUGUGUGACUGGGAGAAGGAUGGAUGUAGAGCAUUGGUCACCUGUCAGGAUAAGAUGGGCACUGUUAUUGUUUUACAGUGACAGACUGCUCAACAAACACUUAUCACAAUAACUACACAUCAGGCCCAUCUCAAAUAGUAACCCUCAGAAAUGUAUUUUUAAAUUAGAUAAAAUAGCCAUUUGUGUGACUUAACAGGGACAAAAUCCUCUUCAGUCUUUCCACAAAACAUAAAUAGUUAAAAGAUUUUACAGUGAGGGUCUUACUAUUCGAACCAGGUCUUCCACCCAUCACAUAGCAAAUAUAGAUCCUUUUAUAGACUAGUUUGUGUUAAAAGCAUCACUCUAAAGGGUAAUGUUGAAAUGUUUAUAGUUUGUGUCACUGAUACCCAGCCCAAAGAAUGUAAAGGUGUUUUAAAGAGACUAAUGGAUGUUGUAACUGUUGAUUAUGGAGAACCUUUGACAGGCUUUGUGAUGAAGGAAAACAAGGGGUGUGAGAGAAAAUCAUGUUUCUUACUGCAAGAAUCCACAAUCUGAAAUCUGAAAAUACAAUCUUAUUUACAGGCUUUUGCAUUGUAAAAGAACCUUUGAAUGUUUCACCAUUACACACUUUGUUUUUGUUUUUUUUUUUCAACAAUAAUGUUCUGACGUGGUUGGAAAACAAAAGUUUGAGGUGUAGGAUAUUUGAAAUAGGAUGCCACUGACAAGACAGCAAGGCCCCCCUCCACACAGAUACACAGAUCACCUUUCCACUACACAAUUUGGUUCUAAUGAGUCCUAGUUCUAGUGUAAUACUGUACACACACACAAAGCUAAGAACACCAGUAUUCAGUGUAAAACGGUGCUAUGCUUACCUGUACUGUAUGUAUGUAUAUCCCUUCUUCUGCUCUUGAACUGUGCUCCUUUAUCUACCCCCAAGUCAAAUGUAAUAAUAAUCAAUAUUUUCAAGCAAAAUGUUUGCUAUUAUUAUAACCCUCCUCUCCCCUCUUGGUCAAUUUGAAAAUAAAACAGUUGCAAAUAUUAUAUGUAA